GAAAACCUAGUGGAAAGCAAGCAUCACAAGCUGGCAAGAAGCUUAAGAAGUGGCCCGUCUGAUCAUGACCUCAAGCCCAAUGCAGCUACCCGAGAUCAGCUUAAUAUCAUAGUGAGCUAUCCCCCAACCAAGCAGUUGACCUACGAAGAACAGGAUCUUGUCUGGAAAUUCCGCUAUUACCUAACUCAUCAGGAAAAGGCAUUGACAAAGUUCUUGAAGUGCGUCAACUGGCAUCUCCCACAAGAGGCCAAGCAAGCCUUGGAGCUUUUAGGGAAAUGGAAGCCAAUGGAUGUGGAAGAUUCCCUGGAACUUCUGUCCUCCCAUUUCACCAACCCAACGGUGCGGCGCUAUGCGGUCGCCAGGUUGCAGCAGGCAGACGAUGAGGAUCUACUAAUGUACCUGCUGCAGCUAGUUCAAGCGCUGAAGUACGAGAACUUUGAUGACAUCAAGAAUGGCUUGGAGCCCACCAAGAAGGACAGUCAGGGCGCCAUGUCGGAGAGCAUGGCCGCCUCUGGCAUGAAUGUGGCAGAAAUAGACAGCUCCCAGAUCAUCACGAGCCCAUUGCCCCUUAUAUCCUCCCCACCGUCUGCAGUGAAGGCCAAAGGAGAGUCUGCCGACAGUGAAAAUCUCGAGCAAGACCUUUGUACCUUCUUGAUCUCUCGGGCCUGCAAGAAUUCCACACUGGCAAACUAUUUAUAUUGGUACGUGAUUGUGGAAUGUGAAGACCAAGACACGCAGCAGAGAGACCCAAGGACUCACGAGAUGUACCUGAACGUCAUGCGGAGAUUUAGUCAAGCUCUGUUGAAGGGCGAUAAGUCUGUCAGAGUGAUGCGCUCUUUGCUGGCUGCCCAACAGACGUUCGUGGAUCGGCUGGUCCAUCUCAUGAAAGCGGUGCAGCGUGAAAGUGGCAAUCGGAAGAAAAAAAAUGAAAGGCUUCAAGCUCUCCUGGCAGACAACGAGAAGAUGAACUUAUCUGAGAUUGAACCCAUCCCUCUGCCUUUGGAACCUCAGGUGAAAAUCCGAGGAAUAAUCCCUGAGAAAGCAACACUAUUCAAGAGUGCCCUUAUGCCAGCCCAGUUGUUCUUCAAGACUGAAGAUGGUGGGAAAUACCCUGUAAUAUUUAAACAUGGGGAUGAUUUGCGUCAGGAUCAACUCAUUCUCCAGAUCAUAUCACUCAUGGACAAGCUUUUGCGCAAGGAAAAUCUGGAUUUGAAGUUGACUCCUUACAAGGUCUUGGCUACCAGUACAAAGCACGGUUUCAUGCAGUUCAUACAGUCAGUCCCUGUGGCAGAGGUUCUUGCUACCGAAGAAAGCAUACAGAACUUCUUCCGAAAACAUGCGCCAAGCGAGACGGGGCCACAUGGAAUAAGCGCGGAAGUUAUGGACACUUACGUCAAAAGUUGUGCUGGCUACUGUGUAAUAACAUAUAUCCUUGGUGUUGGAGACAGACAUUUGGAUAACCUUUUGCUCACCAAAACAGGCAAGCUUUUCCACAUUGAUUUCGGCUACAUUCUGGGCCGCGAUCCGAAGCCUCUUCCUCCCCCGAUGAAGCUGAAUAAAGAGAUGGUGGAAGGCAUGGGAGGGACGCAGAGCGAGCAGUACCAAGAGUUUCGCAAGCAGUGCUACACCGCUUUCCUUCACCUCCGCAGGUAUUCCAACUUGAUUUUGAACUUGUUCUCCCUCAUGGUGGACGCCAACAUUCCGGACAUUGCUCUUGAACCGGACAAGACCGUGAAAAAGGUGCAGGACAAGUUCCGCCUGGAUCUUUCUGAUGAAGAAGCGGUCCAUUAUAUGCAGAGUCUGAUUGAUGAAAGCGUCCAUGCACUCUUUGCAGCCAUGGUAGAACAGAUACACAAGUUUGCUCAGUACUGGAGAAAAUGAAAGUCAGCAGCUACGGUAGACAAGAAUCCACGCAGAACGCUCUCUUUCAGCUACUUCAGAUGGCACCCAACGGAUUGUGUUGACUCUUCUAGCAGCUCUGAACAGCAAACCUCAUCAGAGUUUCUACUCGCGUUAGUUCCAGAGUACGUCCCCCAUCUAGCUAUUUUAGCCGUGAAGUUGGAAAACAAGAGCAACAUCUGCCAAAGUCAAAGAGGAAGAGGAGGAGGAAAAAAAGUCUUAGAGUUUUCAGUGAUAUAUCUAUAUGCCUAAUGCUGAAAAGAAAAUGAAGCCUACCACUGCCUGGGGGCUGCCUGUAGAAAUAUAAAUUACAGACUUUACAUUUUCACCUAUAGGAAAAAAAAGUAUUGCUCUUUCAUGGACUUGAAGUGGCCAUUUUGGAUAUAUUUAUAGGACGCAUUCAAAUUGCCACUUAGGAGGAAGCAAAUGCAUGUCCAGCUCGUUUAAAGACAUGUUUCUACUGAGUGCUAGAAAAAAAAACCCAUCUACGAUGAAAUAAAAUUAAAAUCUAUUACUGAUGGCCUUUAAAAGGCUGUAAAAAGAGAGAGAAGGUGCAACCUCGCUCUCCCAAUAAGGAAUAAUGUGCAAUGGCGAUAGAUUCAAAGUUUAAUAAAAAUUAUUCUGGUGCAA